CCCCAAACACGCUGGAGCUAUGUGCUGGAAAAGAUCGACGGAGGUUUCUAGGUGGCUGAUUUUUGCUGUCAUCAGUGCUUCCAGCAUUGCCAGCGGGGAGCAACCCCUCGCUUCUCCGCCUUCCCACCACGGGAUUCGCAUCGACAGCAGAGCAAGGCCACCACCAUCACCCGAUGACACCGCGGCAACAUUAACAACCAGUUCCUCGCCAGCACCGAUAUCGCCAUCGCCAUGGUCUUCUCCACCACGACAGCAACGGUACUCGACGGUGCUAUCAACACGAGAAGACGGCCGCGUUGGCUCCGCCAGCGCGCCAGCUGCUUUUCUCGAGCAUUUUUCUCCAUCCGCAGCCGCAGCAGCGGCUGCAGCGAGCAUAGCGUCGGCUGCCGCCCGGGUACCAGUGCUGCAACACCUACCAUCGAAGGCCGCGAACGUAACCCGGAACCUGUUACCGCUGGCGCCCUUCGUCGUGGAAGUCCCGGCGCUUGCGGCGCACGCCCGCGCCGCGAGGCCAUGGGCGCGCUCCGCGAUGACCGCCGCCGUCGCCGCCGCGUUCUCCCGCCGUCCGUUCGCGCGCGGUUUUAUUUGCCUUAGCGGUGGUGGCGGUGGUUCCGGAUCCGACAGCGGUAGUAGCACGAACGACCGGAGCGCUCUUGAUCCGAAUAGUCGGUCGCCCUCUUGCUGCCGUGAUGUCGACGUCGCGACGCCAUCCUUAACACGACGCGGGGCAAUAGAGGAAACGCUCGUCUCCGCGGCGCGGUGGUGGGCAGUGGCAGCGGCGGGAUCGUCGGGGGCGUUCGCGGAUGCUGACGUGGGGGCAACAGGGGUUGGGGACCAGCUGAGUUCGAAGGCACUCACGAAGGAAUCCUACGACGGUUUCGCCGAGGGGUACGAUGACCUGGAUGGCGGUUGGGCGGCAUCGGCCAUCGGACUGGAGGCGAGCGCCACCGGGCGGGUGCUAGAGGUCGGGGUGGGUACGGGACUCAACCUGCGGCAUUAUCGGCGUGAUCUCGUGUCGGCCAUCGAGGCGGUGGACCUAAGUCCGGGCAUGCUGAGCCAGGCAUCAUCCAGGAGCGAGUCGCUGGGCAUGAAACGGCUCGUCAACCUGUCGGUGAUGGACGUCGAGCACCUCGGUUUUCCAUCAGAGGCGUUCGACACGGUCGUGGACACCUUUUCUCUCUGCGUUUUUUCAGACCCGUCGGCUGCUCUGCGAGAGAUGGCGCGGGUUUGCAAGCCGGCGGGACGGGUUCUUCUUCUCGAGAACAGCAAGAGUAACUUCGGUCCUCUGGCCGCGUACCAGGACUUCACGGCCUCGUUUUUGGUCAACAAGGGCGGCGCUAAGGGGUGCUUCUGGAACCAAGACGUGGAGGCAUUGUGCCGGGGGGCGGGGCUGGAGGUUGUGCGCUCGUCGCCAGCUCUUGCCGGGGGGUUGUUUCGCACUCUGGAGUGCGUGCCUGCGAAGGUCAUGGGCGGUGGCGGCGGUAGCUGAUGUAUGCCAAAUGUCUAUAGCAACCCGUGGUGCUUCCUUUUGGGGGGCUGCGUGCUUCACACAACGAGGUGUCAUUGUUGAUCGCUUUCGGGGCACGGUAUGAUGCUGGUAGAUUCACGGGAUUGCAUGGUGUGGUUUUGUAGUGUGCGGUAGGGUGGAUGCUUACCAGUCUAGAACAUGUCCAGCAAUCGUUGCGCAUGUACGUGUAGCGGAAAUAUUGCGUUGGGUUCUGGCCAGAUCAUUACUUUUUUUGUGCU